AUGGCGAGUCCUUUUGCGUCAAUCGCGAGUCAGCGAGUCUCUGCUCAAAAACCACCGCGACAGACACCAGAAUUGGAUUUCGACAGAUGCGCUGCUUUACACAAUACCAUCUCGAUCUAUGGCUGGCUACGCAGCGGCCGCAAGGUCGCAGAUAUGGACCGCAAAACAUGGUGGAUGAAGCAUGGCACCAAAACACUGGAAGUCCUAUUACGGCCCUCUCUGGUGAAAUACUUGAAGAAAAUCUUUGAUCUACAUGGAGGUGAUGGAAGUCACUUUUUCUACUACAUCAGCAGACUCGCCAAAACGAGGGAGAUGUUCUAUCUAGGAGAUUUGUUGGACGAUAACGAGAAGAAGCUGAAAGGAGAGAAGCAUCGAUUCAUCACUUUGUACAUGACAAACAAGGAGUUAGUCAGUCAACGGAGUGGCAUCGUAUAUGACCAAGAAACUGGCAAGGCAAUUUUCAUGCCCACUUUCCUGCACAUUUUUGACCUUUACGAUGGAAACCUCCCCUGGCAAAGACUGGAAUCAAUUCUGAGCGCCUACAUUGACAUGAUUGAAGCUGGAAAAGCAGUGGCCUUGCAUGAAUCAAUUGGUCGUGAGCCCCGUCUUGGUCCUGUGGAAGGUCCAGAUGGCCAGACCUCAUGGCAAGAGAUCGCACCUCCAGGACCAAAAGUGGACCCAUAUACCGGAGCCAAACGAUCACGUUAUGACACGCACCCCUGGAGUCUGGUAUCCUAUACACACGGCGAUCUGACGACCUGCUUGAGACUCUGGGAAGAGCUCUUCACCAUCAUCGAGAUCAAAAGUGGCCUAAGAGACGAAGAAGAAGACCCAAACACCACCCCGCUCUGCAGUCGUUCCGGUCUCUCCGCCGCGGGUGUGCCUCGAGGAUUUGCCUACGACCUCCUCUCACACGCCCGUCAACCACGAAUCUGGUACAUCGCCCCUGGUAUCCGUCUCCCCCAAGCUUCCGAGUUCGUGAACCAACCUUUCAAGCACGUGGCCGCCAAAUACCCCAAAGAAACCGAAGGCAUCAAGAUGCCCUUUCUCUUCUUCCGCGCUGAGGGCCAUGUGACAUCCAAACAAGCAAACUUCCGCUGGCCAUUCAGCACGGUCCAAGAGGUCCCUUGCGGAUUAUAUCUAGACUCCUACCCCAACAAGGAAAACCCCUUUGAAGAUGCUUGUCGUUUGGUGCUGCCAUUCGCUGUCGGCGGCAACAAGAAAGCCAGAACCAGUGAUGGCAGGAUCAUGCAAAAGAGUCAUACGGAAGUUUAUGCUCACGGCAUCAACCCAUUCACUCUUCGCCAUGGUCCCAAGCUUACUGCAAUUUUGGAGAAUUGGUUGAUGAAUGUCAAGAGUGGGCAUUGGACUGUUGAUGAACAGGGUGUUUCUGGAGGUGUGGAGGCUUGGAAACAGGCGGAUACGGAAGAACAUUGGGAGAACAUGAGUGGUAGCAUGAAUCAUAGCUCUUGGUUGUGGUUCAACAUGCCUCGGGCAAAGCGCAUUUCUGUGCAGUACCAUCGGACUCCAGUAUUCAUGUUUCAGCAAACAAUGUCAUUUCUAGACGCGAAUCAAUCUCGUCAGGUCACACAAGCAUACCGCACACUGGGCAUAACACCAAUAACCUCCUCCUACCACACCGGCACACGAACAUUUACAAAACACCGCCGCAGCAUCGCCAUCCAAGAUGAAAAAAUAGCACUUCUCCGAGAACCUCUGGUUCAAGACCCAAGAAUGGAUCCGUCACAGCCUUUUCCUCUUUUGGAUUUGCCCGCGGAAAUCAGAGUUCGCAUAUAUCAAUACGCUUUGGUGCGGCAACGACGAUUACACCUGGAGAUCGCAAGGACGCCGAAUUUAGCUUGUGUGAGCAGGCAAUUGCGACGGGAAGUGCUACCCGUGUUUUUACGGGUGAAUUGCUUUCAAGCAAGCUAUACCAGAGGCUCGGACAAAACUUAUGGAUUGACAUUUUCCGACACCACAUUAUCAUGGCUUCGCUCUCUUCCCCUCACGACCAAACUUUUCCGCGAUAUCCGCGUCACUUUUCAAGGAGAUUUAGGCCAGGGCGGUCAUAUUUCUACGAUAUUCCAGAUUGUCGCUGGAGGCAGAGAGGUUUUUGUCAAUCAUUAUAAUCGCUGGUGUCCUUUUUGCAUCGAUGGGUAUUUCGGGGCUUACUAUCAUCUUCCCCAUCCAAACUACGAUCACCCCUGCUUGAAAUCUAACCCCUUGAAGCUGAAAAAUAUGCAUGAUGAUUUCGUCCGAGCCGUUCAACAUUGCUAUUUCACGGACGGAACAGAGGAGCAUUGGGGCAAGGGAGCUUUAUCAUUGGCAGAAGUUGUUGAUUUGGGAAAAGCAGCGGACAAAAUAAAGGAGGACCCGGAAGUCUUUUUGCGGUUUGCGUUUUGUGUGGAAAAGGUCGUGGAACAUGCGGAGAAGAUAUCUGAGUGGGCGACGGUGUAUAGUCGGUAUCUUGAGAGGCAGAGGGAGAGGGAGUUGGAAGAGAGUGCGGAGGGAGAGAAUGCUGGAGAGGAAGGUCUAGAAGGUGUGAUAUGAAAGCAACACAGACGGGGUCCGACCCGAUACUUGCCAUGGACUAGAAAUACCCACCAUGGAAGACUGCGGCCAUGUCUGGCUAGAGGCACAACGCACUCAAAAUAAAAGUGACGAGAGCACAUUCGCCACGAGGUUCUCAUUGUCAUAUUG